AUUUCUAUAAUUAUUUAAAUUAUUAGUAAAGAAUUCAGUAUUUUUGAUUAAAAAUGGUUAAGAUAUUGAUAGCAUUGGUGUCAGCCUUAGUCUUGGUGUCAGCCAAACCUACCGAUGAUUUGGAAACAAUCGCUAAUAAUAUGAUUUCAAAAAUUCCGGCACAUUUUGGUGGAAAGGCUGACCACAACUCCAUUAGUGAUAAUCUACUGAAGAGACCGUCCAAUGGAGUGAAUGACAAGAAUUGGGAAUUCCUUUCUCUAGGAAUCGGAGGUUUCGGAGGACUGAAAGUGUCGGUCACGAGAGGGGACAGUCAGGUGAACGUCAGUACUAUUUAUGGUUUGGGCGCCGGAUCUCUGACUGUCGCUGAAAGUGAGACACAAAAUGGC